AUGCCUGAGUAUGUUGUCGAUCCAAUUGCCGAAGUUUACCGAUUCACUUCUGUCCAUCCAACAUUCCAUGCUCUCUUCAAACCAUGCUACGAGCAUUUGUUCAAUGGCUCCGGCUACUUGUGUGCGUGGCAACGACACUACAUUGCACUAAUGGCCGCAACUCGCCAUCGCUGCCUCAUUCUCAUGGACUAUCACACUGUGAUGUUCCGUAGAUGCGGAGGCGACGAGGAUUGGCUUGCGGGCAUCACGAGUGCUGACGCACGGUUCCAGAGUCUGGACGUGUUCAAUCGCUUCAUGGCCCAUCAACCAUGGAUGUUGAACGCUGCUCAAAUUCAUGGCAUCGUUGGCAAGGGCACUCCGGACGCGGUGAAGACGUUCGCGUUGCAUGAGCUCAACGAGGCAUGCCUUGUUCUGGCUCAAACGCACGUCUUCUGCUCGUUCAUUUGUGCGCUUGGCAUCGAGAGACGUGGCGAUUUGGCACCGGCGGAACUUGACUUUUUGAAUUGCGACGACAUCGACUAUCUGAGAAGCAAGGAAGAAGACAACGAGAUGGACGAGGAUUCGAUGGGCGAACUUGAGAGCCUCGUUCGUCGGAUGAUGGAGCUUGAGACGCAAGCUAACGAGCAGAAGGAGAAGGAGAAGUUCUCGAAUGUUGACUGCGCUGCUGGAGGCGAGUCGCCAGAACGACCAGCCGAAGAGGAGGACAUGGGAAUGCCGGUUUAUUCGCGAGACCCGCGUUUCUCGUACCAGGACUUCCAAGACCGUCCGGAUCGAGGAAUCAGACCAUUCCGAAUUGACGAGUUCUCAUGGGAUCACGCUUACAACUUGAUCAGUGACUUGAACCCAGAUAGCGCUUAUCUUUUCGACAACUGCUUCAGACACAUCCAGCGUUUGACCUAUCGAUUCAUGGGACAGCAUUCGCUCAAAAUCGACACCAGCAGAUACCGUGAGGCCGUCUGGAACUACAUCCAAGGCCUCUAUGGCAUCCGCUACGACGACUAUGACUACUCGCGUGUCAACGUGCUCAUCGAUAAGGCGACGAAGUCGUUCAUCAAAACCGCCGCAUGCUUCCCGCACAAGCUCACCACCGAGCUCGCGCACGUCAUGAGCUGCUUCAAGACGUCCGAGAAGAUCCACGUGGUGAUCAUCGUGAUGGAGGCGCGUCUCCAGGCAAUCCUGCUCCAUUUCACGCGCGCAUUGUGCAACUACAACGCACAAAUGCUCGCCAAAAAUGGCUACAAACGACCAUUGGAUUAG